AUGCGGACAUGUCCAAGCACGCGCGCGUCAAUACGCCCCUUCCUAGCUGAUGAACCAAAACCGCAUUCAUAUGUGCAGCCUUUUCUUCGCAAGUAUCCUCUUCCCCAACUCAUUUAUAACGAGCAGGUUGCGACCGUUUGCGUAUGGCUCUGCGAAAAGACCAUUCGCUCUCGCUUGAAGGGUGGUGUCUACGAAAAGGCUCCAUUUCUGAGUGCCCAGACUCUGCCCCAGCCGACUGUCCCGACCGUUUGCGCAUGGGUUUGCGAGGAGACCAGCCGCCUUCUUCUGAAGGGUAGUGUCUACGAAAGGGCUCCGUGUCUGAGUGCCAAGACACUGUCCCACCCAACGGCAGUUCGACAUCUGGCCCGGCGCCUUCAUCCGUUGAAGACGAGGCAGCGCCGACAGCGCCACCAACGUCGCAAGCCCUUCUUCGCCGAAUAUAGUCGGUUCUUCAGCAAAUCUUACACUCCGUGGCACUCUGUACCUCGGCGCGCCAGGGUGCUUGAGAAUACCUCCUUUUAUUCUCGCUGGUGCGGGAGCAACGUCAUAGCUCCCGUGCUGUGA